UGCCGGCGGGAUCUAAUGCUCCUUAUGUCAGGCUCCGCAUCUGCGCACGCGACGCGGGUCGCGACUCACCUUUCCUGCUGCAGUGGUCUGUCCCGUUAAAUAUCUCCCGAAUCUGUUCGACGCCUCUAAUACUGCCUUGUAGCCUGCGAUGUUGGCCAUCGAACUGUGCGCAUCAAACACCUGUGCCCUUGAGAUGCGAGGAAUCUGCUCCAUCGCCAACGCAUUGAUCUUCCGUGAUACAAGGGCAUUCACAAUGCCUUCGUUUUGCCCUGGGUACAAAAACGACACCAGCGUGCUUCCCUCUUUCAUGUUCUCGACUUCCCCGCCCUCCAAGGGCGGGCGCACUUUGAGGAGGAUGUCGGUCGCAGCUAAUAUCUCAUCCUUGGAGGACAAGGUCGCGCCUGCGGCGGUAUAGUC